GCUGUGCUGUGAGCGGAAACAGAGAGAGAGAACACCGGAAGUAGAAUCAGCGGUUGUGUGGAGAAGAUGGCGGACAGCAGGGAGAAAGCGCUCCAGGACUACAGGAAGAAAUUACUGGAACAUAAAGAGAUCGACGGCCGGCUGAAGGAGUUGAGAGAGCAGCUGAAGGAACUGACCAAGCAGUACGAGAAAUCUGAGAAUGAUCUGAAAGCACUGCAGAGCGUCGGACAGAUUGUAGGGGAGGUGUUGAAGCAGCUGACAGAGGAAAAGUUUAUUGUUAAAGCCACUAAUGGCCCGCGCUAUGUGGUGGGCUGCAGGAGACAGCUGGACAAGACGAAGCUGAAGCCUGGCACCCGAGUGGCACUGGAUAUGACCACCCUCACCAUCAUGAGGUAUUUGCCACGUGAGGUGGACCCGUUGGUGUAUAACAUGUCUCAUGAGGACCCAGGAAGUGUGUCUUACUCUGAGAUUGGAGGAUUAUCAGAACAGAUCCGAGAGCUCCGAGAGGUGAUUGAGCUGCCUCUGACAAACCCUGAGCUCUUCCAGCGUGUGGGCAUCAUCCCCCCUAAAGGCUGCCUGCUGUAUGGACCUCCAGGCACAGGGAAAACCCUGCUAGCGAGAGCUGUGGCCAGUCAGCUGGACUGCAACUUCCUGAAGGUGGUGUCGAGCUCCAUUGUGGAUAAGUAUAUUGGUGAAAGCGCUCGGUUGAUCAGAGAGAUGUUUAAUUACGCUCGAGAUCAUCAGCCCUGCAUCAUCUUCAUGGACGAGAUCGACGCCAUUGGUGGACGGCGUUUCUCUGAAGGAACCUCAGCAGAUCGUGAGAUCCAGAGAACCCUGAUGGAGCUGCUGAAUCAGAUGGAUGGGUUUGACACUCUGCACCGUGUGAAGAUGAUCAUGGCUACCAAUCGUCCUGACACACUGGACCCUGCUCUGCUCCGGCCUGGGAGACUCGACAGGAAGAUCCAUAUCGAGUUGCCAAAUGAGCAGGCUCGUCUGGACAUCCUGAAGAUCCACUCAGGUCCCAUCACUAAACACGGAGACAUCGGUGAGAAACACACACACACACACAAGGGUAUUAUGCUUUACACACUAUAUGGACCAAGGUUUGUGGACACCUGAGCAUCAGAUUGGUUC